AUGGAUGAUCCGCCCUCAUCGAAGUGGGAAAAAAUGGUUAGUAAAAGGAUAAAAGAAUGGCGACUCGGUCUCGAUCUAUCAGCACUAGACAUCAUCGUCACCGACCAACUGAAUCGCCUAGGGAGCCAUGGCCUGCCCUUGACACGCGAACUGAUCGGGGUCGGUUCGUCAGCUUUGAUCUACCGAUAUACUGUACCAGGGCGAGGGAGCGAGCCUAUGAGCCUGGUCGCACGUGUCAUCUACCCCAGGCAGCCCUAUUGGAAGACGAAAGCAGAGGCUGCUGUGAUGAACCUAGUACGAGCUAGGAACGUGCCGGUACCUAAGGUGUACCAGUGUUCUUUGACGGCGUCGGAUAAUCCCGUCGGUGCAGAGUGGAUUCUCAUGGAAUAUAUGGCGGGAGAGCGACUGGAUGACGUGUUCGAUAGCCCUGAAUUUACCAUGGACAAGAAGAAGCGCGUCAUACGGGAUCUGCGUUCUACCAGCGAACGAUGA